AUGGGUGCACUUAGUUGGGAGUUCCUCUGGGGAUUGGUCUUGGUUUUAAGUUUGGAAUUGGUUCAGUGCUUUCUGGUCUUUCCACGUCAGGGAUCUUUUGGGUUGUUGGCUGCCGUGGCUGUUCCUUUGGAUUUAUCGCCCAAAACUGUGUACAUGGCUUUCAAUUUUGAGUCCAACUAUGCACUGCCCUCCAAUGAUUCCUACAAUCAGUGGAUUGAUAGGUGGCAACUUUACGAACCCUUUAUGGGCGUCCCGGGCAAUGUAACCCCUAUCAAUGCCCGUCAACAAGCUAGCGAAGACUUGGUCACCCAGGAAGAAAACAAAGAAGAGGAAGGAGCCGAAGUAAGACGCCGCUCGGUGGGAUCACCACCACCUUUCCGGCGACGCGACUUCUACCUUGGCAUCAUGAACUACCUGUCCCACUAUGGGUUCAAUGGCUCCGCCUGCCUGCUCCGCGUCAUCUGCGAGGUCAGCGAGGCGCCUCUAGAUGCCCACAAUGGGCUGGUUGGCAGCCUCUUUCAGAUUCUGUUCAUGCCGACGACGAGUGCCGCGGAAGAGGAACUGCAGCACGUGGACGCGCUGUACGAGGCCACCGAUGCGGGCACGCGUGGCCUGGGCUGCUCCGAUUACGUGGCCAACUGCGGACACAGUGCCCUGGACCUGAUAAGCGUGGUGCUCUGA